AUGUUUGAUUUUAUUAAAGGAUUUUCUUCAUUUAUUCUAAUUAUUCUAACAAAUAUUAUUACCGGACCUAUUUCCAUUGUAUCGAAUUAUUAUUUAAUCAAGUCAGAUUCGAUCUCUACAAGUUUAACAUCAUGCAAUUUAAUGAUUACAAUUUCUUUUGGACUCAUGGAUUCAAUUCUAUAUGGUAUUGGCAUAUAUUUAUCGAUGCGAACAGUUUAUGAAUCACAUGACCAACUAACGUUGUCUAAUAAACAAAUUGUACAUUAUCAUAAACGAUUUGAGUCCAUUCUAAUAAAAGAAAAGCAUUUAUUAGAACCGAUCGGUCAACAAAUUGAUAUAUUAAUUCAAAAUCAAAUAAAUUUAGAUGCUUUAAUUAACGAUUUAGUUAAAGAUAAUUAUAGAGACCAACCAUUGAUAGAAAAUAUUCUAAAUAAAUUAGCAACAUUGAACUUUAUUCAAAACGAUAGUAUAAGAACAAUCGAAAAGAAUAUUAAGGAAAGUAUCCGAUUAUUAAAAUUAAAUUCAACGAUAAAUGAAAACAAUCCUGGAUUACAUCAGAAUUAUUUUGACAAUUUAGUAUUAUCAAAUGAUUAUCUCUACGAUCGAAUUUAUUCAUUUAUUUUUUCCAUAUCAUUUCUUAUAUAUAUUCAGCAAAUAUUGCUUUGGCUUUUACAAUAUUUAACUUUGAAAAAUCCUGAAAAAUAUAUUUCAUAUUCAUUCAUUCUUUCCACUAUUAUUAUUUGCCAAUCACUAACUUUAAUUUAUUUCAUUGAAAUAACGAACACAUUUCAUUAUCUUUCUCCAUUGUAUAUUUACACAUGUCUUUUUGUUAUUCGAAGUUUUAUAGUAAUCUAUCAGAAUUGUUUUUCUAUUCAUUAA